AUGGUUGUCUACACUUAUGAGAACCAUAGGCUCUAUAAAGAGCAAACGAAGAAGUUCUAUGAUAAGAUGAUCCAAAAACGAGAGUUCAAGAUUGGUGACAAGGUGUUACUUUAUAACUCAAGACUUCGGCUCUUUCCUGGAAAGCUUAAGUCUAGAUGGUCCGGGCCUUUCACAGUCACUGAUGUCAAAGAACACGGAGCCAUUGAGGUUGCUAGUGAAAAAGGCACGAAAUUCAAGGUAAAUGGACAACGUUUGAAGCUAUAUACCGAGGGUGCUUUUAUUGGCAAAUUGGAGACGAUUUAUCUCUCCGAUCUACCAAUUGAUGUUUGA